CGACGCUAGAACUUUUCUUACUUUUUCAAUUAACUUUUAUCCACGACGCAAUCCUCACUUUAACGCGGAAGAACUUCAACUGGUAAAAGCUCAGAAGCAUGAGGGAAGUCUUCUUCGUCUUUCAUCUGGUCGAGGCGUUCAAUGGCGUGUAAUCCGGCUACGUAGGCAAUUUGAAAAUUUUCCGUUAAUUACCGGAUUUCUAAAUUCAAAAUUUUUUUUUUGGCAUUUUUUCAUUUCGAAUCGAAGCGCAAAUUGCACUAGUCCUGACUGAAAGGUUAUUGGCUUUUGAGAGACGGCAUUAGGGCUAAAGUGAUUGCGAAUUGCCGAAAUGGUGCUUUGCCUUUUAAUAAAAAUUUAUUGUGUGAUUUUCCUUUCACUGCUUGCGGUUUGUUUGCUGAUGGACCUGAUGACCAUGGUGCGACGUAUGCUAUUCGAUGAGGACAGUUCCUCGGAUUAGUAGCAGCCGGGGUGCACGUUCGUGGCUUUCUGCACUAUGAGGAGCCUCUACCCCAUGAGAUGUUCUUUUGCGGGACAUAUUUCGCUUUCACGCUGGUUUCCAUAUUUUCAAUGGCAAUGAUAUGUUUCCACAUUGACGUGCAUCUAAUUAUCCAAGCUGCUGUCAAUGGUAUAGCAGCGGCGUGCUUCAUUAUCGGUUCAAUCGUUUCAAUGUACCACGCGGAGAACGAUUUCCAUCUGAUGUAUCUUUCAGAUGUUGAAGAAUCUGAGCACGAGUUUUUCGUAAUAUGCAAGACACAGAGUAUCGUGUCGCUGAUUACUGGCCUUGCUUUUAUGCUGCAUGCAACCUUUACUGUUGACGCUAUUGUCGUACAUCCGACAGAAUCGCAAUUAAAUCUUCUACAAGUAUCUCCUGCGGACCGUGCGGCUUCAGGACCAUUGGAACUCGUUCUCUUUUGCAAGCCCUGGUUUAAAUGGAUGAACUGUAACAAGAAGAAGCAAGCGGACACCGAUGCAUAGAUCCUCCUAAUGGCAUUGAAAUGACUUUAUCUUAAUACAGACCGGAAGCAAUAAAGCAAACAGAAAGCAAAA